AUGGCCGCCCUCAGCUCCCAGACGUACUCGCCCACCGAGGAGGCAGAGAUCCAGCAGUGGCUCACCACCUCGGAGCGCCUCAAGGCCGCCACUCAGCCCGACAUGCUCGACACCCUCAACGCCCACCUCGCCUCCCGCACCACCCUGCUCGGCUCCAAGCCCAGCAAGGCCGAUGUCGCCGUAUACGAGGCCCUCGCCCCCGCCGUCGCAAAGUGGUCCCCCGACGAGCGCUCUGGGGAACGGGGCCAUCCGCAUAUCGUCCGCCACCUCGACUUUGUCCAGAACUCGCCCCAGUUUGGCCUCGGCCUCGCCCCGGAGCAGAAGGUCAAGGUUGACCAGGACGACGUGCGCUACGUCAAGCCCCCCGUCGACGCCAGGGCGGAAAAGGAGCGCUUGAAGAAGGAAAAGGCGGCGGCUGCGGCUGCCACGGGGGGUGCUGGCGCCGCCAAGGAAGCCACUCUCGUGGACCGCACCAAGGAAAAGAUCAAGGAAAAGGCUGUCGAGGUCAAGGGCGCCGCCGCUGCUGCUGCCACCGCCGGCGAGAAGCCGAAGAAGGAGAAGAAGGAAAAGGCCCCGAAGCCGCAGAAAGCCGCCCCCGCCGCCGCGCCCCUGUCCCCCGCCCUCAUCGACCUCCGCGUCGGCCACAUUCUCAAGGCCGUCAACCACCCGGACGCCGACUCACUCUACGUCUCCACCAUUGCCAUGGGCGACCAGCCCGGCGACGACACCACCGAGUACGAGGGCCAAGUGUGCCGCACCGUCUGUUCCGGGCUUAACGGCCUCGUGCCCCUCGCCGAGAUGCAGGGCCGCAAGGUGGUGGUGGUGUGCAACCUCAAGCCCGUCAAGAUGCGCGGCAUCAAAUCGUCGGCCAUGGUCCUCGCCGCCUCGCCCCGCCUCAAGGACGGCGACGUCGACGACCACAAGGGCCCCGUCGAGCUCGUCUCCCCACCAGACGGCGCAAAGGCCGGCGAGCGCGUCUUCUUCCAGGGCUGGCAGGGCGAGCCCGAGGGCCAGCUCAACCCCAAGAAGAAGAUUUGGGAGGCCUUCCAGCCCGGCUUCACCACCACCGACUCCCUCGAGGUCGCCUUUGACGCCGCCGCCGUCGAGCAGCUGGCCACGACGGGCCUCGGCAAGCUCGUCACUGCAUCCGGGGGCGUCUGUACCGUCCAGUCCCUCAAGGGCGCCGUCGUGCGGUAG